CCCCCCUGUCUGCCACGCAGAGCCGAGGCAGCGGCGUCGCCACGGCGCUCCUCCUGCACACACACAGCCUCGGAGACGGGGCGCAGUCCUCUGCUUCCAACAGACAAGCCCUCCGCUCCGGCAGCUGGCUGGCUGCUCGCUUCCUCCCACCCCACCUCCAACGACCCAGUGAUGACAGUGGCCGUGGGAAGGGACGGACGCGUUUCUUCCGCGGGGACCGGCGGGUGCGCAGGAGCGCGCCCCGGUGUUCAGCAUCAUCUACAUCCUCCGCUCCUGAGAUCAACCCCGACCCGAGAGAGGCACGCUCAGAUCGGCACCAAACCCUCCGUGAGAGAUGUACUGCGGACUGCCAAUGAUUUUUCCUCCUCCGGUUGAAAUUCAAAAGCGGGGAAAGUCUGCGUUUCUAACUGCUCCUGCUCCCGCCGCGCUCCGACAGAGACAUCUCGCCCACAGCUAAACCGCUGUCUAGUUCUCCUCUUCGUGUGUCGGCCUCCAUUCGUCAGUCCGUCCCUAUGGCUUCCUUUAUGGUAUCAUUGCUUCUGCUGGUUCUCCAGACAUACGCUGCCCCAUCCGAGCUUGCUCAGGCAGGCUUUAGUACAGCCCCGGACGCCAGAGACCUCGGUUCAGUUCUACCAGCCAAUGCCUCUGAGGAGGCGACCUCAUCCCCACCCCCAGGAACGAGCAAACGGACCCCACAUAGCAUAAUUAUUGGGGUACGGAAAGGGGGCACCAGGGCACUGUUGGAGAUGCUCGACAUACACCCUGAGGUGGCUGCGGCCGCCACAGAGGUGCACUUCUUUGACUGGGAUGAGAACUACGCCAAGGGGCUCGAAUGGUACCGCGACCUCAUGCCCUACUCUUACCCCCACCAGAUCACCAUAGAGAAAACUCCGGGUUACUUCACGUCGGCCCUGGCGCCGGAGCGCAUCUGCUCCAUGAACUCCUCCAUAAAACUGCUGCUGAUCUUGCGAGACCCGGCCGAGCGGGUGAUCUCCGACUACACCCAGGUGUACUUCAACCGGCUGGAGAACCACAAGCCGGUGCAGGCCAUCGAAAACCUGCUGGUGCGCAACGGCGCCCUGAACGUGCGCUACAAGGCCAUUCAGAGGAGCCUGUACGACGUGCACAUGCGCAACUGGCUGAGGCACUUCCCCCUGGAGCAGAUGCACAUCGUAAACGGGGACGCUCUGAUCCACGACCCCCUGCCGGAGCUCCAGAAGGUGGAGCGCUUCCUCAACCUGCCUCCGCGGAUAGUGGCCUCCAACUUCUACUUCAACCAGACCAAAGGGUUUUACUGCAUCCGAAGCGACGGACGGGAACGGUGUCUGCACGAGUCCAAGGGACGCCCCCACCCGUCCGUCAACGGCACCGUCCUGCAGCAGCUUCGCUCCUACCUGCGGGAACACAACCAGAACUUCUUCAGGAUGGUGAAGCGCACCUUCAACUGGCAAUAAGGAACCUACAUCCCCAAACUAGACUCUGUUGAGUCACUACUUGAGGACAAAAGAAACAAAACAACAACCAACAACACAAAAGCA